AUGCAACUUCCUACAAUAACGCCAAUCACGGAAAAGUGGAAUCUGACCAAACAUCGUCCGGUCGAGCCUCUGGCGUUAAUCAUGGACCAUGGUCUAUUGGUAACAAUGAACAGCGUCCGUGGUCAACCAAAAGUUUCAAGCGCCGAGCACGCAGUCGAAAUAGACAGUUUUUCCACAACACAACGCCGGCUGUCGGAAUGCACUCGUUAUUUUUCGAAAAGAGAUCAUCAGUUACCAUCUAGCGACAACAUUAUUCCUACGAAAAAGGCACGAUUUUCAUCCGGUCACCCUGAAGCACCCGGUGGUUCUGUUAAGCUACAUAGUCAUCAGUCAACCGAUCUUCCCGGAAGAGAUAAUACGAUAAAGCAACCGGAAAUGGAAUUGAAGGUAGUGGAAGGAGAUAUGGGUUUCAAGAUUCCGACAUUUGUGAACAACGCUCCAGCUAUUGAAGUCCGCUGUAAUCGUGACACAGCGCAUCAGGAAAUCUGUGCGAAGACCAAGAAGAUUUAUGAGAAAAUUGCAAAUGAUUUUUUUUGUUUCAGGCGUAUUGGUGUACUGAAAGAAAGGUGUCAAAAUCUUCAAGGCGUUGUGAAAGAACAGGCCAAAAAGCUGGCUAGACCCAACUUGGCGUUGGAAGCUUUAGAAAACACCUUCAAUCCGGAUCAAGUAGAUAUUCUUCUCUACAAAAGAAAGCAGGCGAAAGAAUGGAGCGACAACACUAUCACAGAGAGUUUAAAAACAAAAUUUGUGUGCGGAAAGCAAGGCUACGAGCAUGUGCGCCGAAAGUAUCCAUUACCGACACAACGAACUCUGCAAAAGCGUAUGGAAGACCUCAACUUCGAUACUGAAAUCCUGGACGACGUAAUCGAGCUCUUGAAACUUAAACUAAAUACGAUGACACCUGAGGAUUUGGACUGUGGCAUAGUAUUUGACGAGAUGUCCAUUGAGGAAGCACGAAGUUAUUCGGUUGCGGACAGUAAAUUUUUCGGUGACGUUACCAUUUCUGGUCCUGCAGGGACUGCCAGUCAUGCCUUGGUGUUCAUGCUUGUGGGUGUACGGAGCCGCUGGAAACAAGUUGUAGGAUACCAUUUCACUGGCCACACUAUAUUCGAAGAAGCUCUAAAAAACAUAGUUUUUGAAAUUAUUGAAAAAGUAGAAGCGAUAGGAUGCAAGGUAUGCUUCAUAACAUCGGAUUGUGGACCUAGCAAUAAAAAGCUUUGGAAUUGCUUAGGUCUAAAAUUCCAUAAGGACAAGGUCUUGAGCAGUCAACCCAUCGCGCAUCCGUUCGACGAUACGAGGACGAUUGAAGUAAUUCCCGAUGUAAUACACGUGUUUAAGUCCACUGUGCAAGGUUGGAUAAAAAACGAAGUGUUGUUCCUACCAGCGGAUGUUGUAGAAUCCUGUGGAUUUGUUUCGAAUGAAGUUCGGAUUUCACACUUGCGAGAUUUAGUUCAUCUUGAACACCAAAAUCUGCUUAAAGUGUCUUAUGGUCUUACAACCAGGGAUGUGGAGUUUGGAAAGAAAAGAAGCAAUUUCGACGCCAUGAAAGUGAUCAAUUCUCACAAAUACGUAAAUUCAAAUGUCGCAGCUGCUUUGAAAGUCUACAGCAACCUCGAAAAUCGCCCCGAUUUUAAAAAACUUUUUAACUUUUUUAUCAUUUUAGACAAUUACGAGGAAUACAGCAACACACUCACGUUUUACAAAUCGUUCAGAACAUUCGCCUUCAAUAUAAAAGUAGGACAUAAAAAGAACUGGAAACCUUGGCAAUCAGCAUUAAUCAUGGCUACAAAUUCAAUACUUAGGUUGCAAAAUAUUUUUCUGAAUCAGAAAGGUUACAGAUUUCUAUUGACGUCGCGGUUCACUCAAGACUGCGUUGAAAACUUAUUCUCACAAGUACGCAUGAGGCAGAAGAAGCCCACUGCUCUUCAGUUCAGGAAUCUUUUGAAAUCUAUCUCUAUAUCACAAUUUUUAAACGAAGUUACUGGCUCCUCCUAUGACCCAGAUGAACGAGAAUGGUUAAUCAACUUCCCAACUAAUGUUAAGCAACUUAAAGAGAACAAAAAGCAUGAGAAUAGUUUGAUUAAGAAGCCUUCUCUCGAUAGCAAAUUAAUACACAUGUCUAAUCAGUCAGCAUACGAUCGAUUUGAUGAAGCAGAGAAGAAUGCGAUAUAUCAUAUUACAGGGAUGCUAGUUCACAAAGUGGCAAAGAAUGGAUCUGUUUGUAAUGAUUGUGUUCAAACUUGUUUAGCAUCUGAUCUCAUGCUAGCUAGCUUUGCUAACUUUACGAUGUUCAAGGAUUUUACUGGACAAGCACUCGUCUAUGUAAAUGAAGAAACUUUUGUGUAUUUUCUUAAGCUAGAAAUAAUAUUCCGAGAGCAAAUGAGCCAAAAUGCAAACUCGGAUGUAUUUAACAAGCUGAAGACUAUAUUAGAAUCUAUUCCAGUUACACAUUUUAAAAGCUGUCAUGAUAUCAAAACUAAACUGAUCAAUAAGUUCAUAUACUUUCGACUUAAAACAUACGAACCUAAGACAGUUCAUAAGAACAAGUACGACAGCCGAUCUAUGGCCGUAUGAUAAAUAGCAUUAAGAAAGUGAUUCGAGCAUCACUAUGUUAAAAUAAAUGUAAUUUUACAAACCUGACCCUUUGUUUCAUUAAUUUUCAAUCCUUCGGAAGCAUAAUAAACCACAACUAAGGUACAACAUGCAAAUCAACAUUUAUUUAUUUUCCAUUUUUAUUCUAGGCAUCUUGUCAAUGUUACAUGAUGGCUUGUAAAAGGCUUCUCAUACUAGAUUGUAUUAAGUUUCAAGGUAAUCUUACUAGACUAAAUGAGAUGUUCGGUGAUGUAUGAUGAAUUUCGUCAGAAAUGCCUGGUUUGAGAUCCUUGAUAUCGUUUUCCAAUAGCUACAUCCAUCACAUCCAAUGUUGACAAAAGCAAAACAGCUAGAAUGAUGACAGUUUUCAUAACAUCCCUUUCUUGGUAAUCAUUUGGAAGUACAUACCUCUGGUCGGAAUAGUGAGUUUACGAUUGUCCUAAAAGAUGCCGCAAUGUACGGUUUGAAAAACACUGUUUUGAAGGCUUCGUAAUUCCCGAGGGAAUGUCAGAAUUUUGCGGUUCCCGUGAAGAAAUCUCAUGUUACAUCUAAUGCUGACUGUAUUUGCCUCUUGAGUGGGUAAUUCCGGUGACAAAUCACCGAUCAGAUUUGUUGUUUGGGAAAGCGAACGAACGUCGUCCUUUCUAAUUCAAUUUGUACUCAAUAGGUACUCAAAUCAACU